AUGGAUUGUGUGAGCCCAAUCCUGGACGUCGCCACCCGCUUGUGGGAUUGCACCGCCAAGCGUGCAGUUUAUAUUCGUGAGCUUCAAGAAAAUCUCAAGUCUUUGAAGAGCUUAACGGAGGAACUGAGCAACUUAAGUAAGGAUGUGAUGGGAAGAGUUGAACGUGAGGAGGACCAACAGAGUAGGCGCACGCAUGAAGUGGAUGGUUGGCUCCGCGCUGUACAGGUCAUGGAAGCUGAAGUGGAAGAAAUAUUGCAAAAUGGGGAUCAAGAAAUCCAACAGAAAUGCCUCGGAACCUGUCCUAAGAAUUGCAGGUCAAGCUACAGGCUGGGGAAGAUUGUGAGUAGAAAGAUCGAUGCUGUGACUGAAUUAAAGGGCAAAGGGGGUUUUGAUGUUGUGGCUCAUAGCUUGCCUUGUGCUCCGGUGGAUGAGAGACCAAUGGGGAAGACUGUGGGCUUAGACUUGAUGUACGAGAAGGUUCGGAGAUGCCUGGAAGAUGAGCAAGUAAGAAGUAUUGGGUUGUAUGGAAUUGGGGGUGUUGGAAAAACCACCCUCUUGCAGAAACUCAAUAAUGAGUAUUUUGGUAAAAGAAACGAUUUUGAUGUUGUGAUAUGGAUAGUGGUGUCGAAACCAAUCAACAUGGGAAAUAUUCAAGACGUGAUCCUGAAUAAAUUACCGACCCCAGAUGACAAAUGGAAGAAUCGUAGCAAGGAAGAGAAGGCUGCAGAAAUAUGCAAGUUGUUGAAAUCCAAAAACUUUGUGAUAUUGCUUGAUGAUAUGUGGGAGCGACUCAAUCUCUUGGAGGUGGGGAUCCCUGAUUUGAGUAAUCAAACUAAGUCCAAAGUAGUACUCACUACCCGAUCUGAACGAGUAUGCGAUGAAAUGGAGGUUCAUAAGAGGAUGAAGGUUGGUGAGAAUAUCCUGAAUUCACAUCCAGAUAUAAAAAGGCUUGCUAAGAUUGUUGUCCAGGAAUGCAAAGGAUUGCCGCUUGCCCUCAUUGUCAUCGGGCAAGCAAUGGCUAGCAGGAAAACUCCUCGAGAAUGGGAGCAAGCAAUACAAGUGCUGAAGAGUUACCCAGCAAAGUUUUCAGGUAUGGGAGAUCAAGUAUUUCCGAUUUUGAAAUUUAGUUACGAUCACUUGGACAAUGAUACCACCAAAUCAUGUUUCCUAUAUUGUUCGAUAUUCCCUGAAGACCAUGAAAUUUGGAAUGAAGACCUCAUAGAUCUUUGGAUCGGGGAGGGGUUUAUGGACAAAUUUGUCGAUAUCUAUGAAGCACGCAACCAAGGAGAGGAGAUUAUUAGAAGCUUAAAACUUGCAUGUCUCUUGGAAGGUGGUGUAUCGGAAAACACUUGUAAGAUGCAUGAUGUGAUCCGUGACAUGGCUCUAUGGUUAUCAUGUGAUUAUGGGGAAGAAAGACACAAAAGUUUGGUACUAGAUCAUGUUCAGUUGAUUGAAGCAUAUGAAACUGUGAAAUGGAAAGAAGCUCAACGGAUUUCACUAUGGCAUUCUAAUAUCAAUGAAGAACUCUCUCUAUCAUCCUGUUUCCUCAAUCUCCGAACUUUGAUUUUGAGCUAUAGUAACAUGAAGUCACUUCCAAUUGGAUUCUUCCAAUUCAUGCCUGUCAUAAGAGUUUUGGAUUUGUCGUGCAAUGAAAAUUUAGUGGAGUUACCUUUGGAGAUUUUUAGAUUAGAGAGUUUGGAAUAUCUGAAUCUAUCAGAGACGGGUAUAAAAAAGAUGCCUAUAGAGCUGAAGAAUUUGACAAAACUGAGGUGUUUGAUAUUAGACCAUAUAAGGAAGCUUGAAGUAAUUCCACCAAACGUGAUAUCUUGCCUUUCAAAUUUGCAGAUGUUUAGGAUGCGAUCAUUCGACAUUGAAAAGGAUAUUAAGGAAUAUGAGGAAGUUGGAGAGUUGCAGGAGUUGGAGUGCUUGCAAUACUUGAGUUGGAUAAGUAUCACAUUACAUACAAUCCCAGCUGUUCAAAAAUAUCUCACCUCCUUGAUGCUGCAGAAGUGCGUACGACAUCUAGUGAUGGGCAGCUGCCCAGGUUUGCAGGUGGUGGAGUUGCCACUUUCAGCUUUGCAAAGACUCAUUGUGCUUGAAUUUCAAGGUUGUUAUGAUUUGGAACGUGUUAAAAUAAAUAUGGGACUGUCUCGAGGUCAUAUCUCAAACUCAAACUUCCACAACCUUGUUAAGGUGAUUAUUUUCAGGUGUCCAUUCUUGGACUUGACCUGGCUUAUUUAUGCUCCAAGCCUUGAGUUGCUGUCGGUUACAGCCAGUCCUGCAAUGGAAGAAAUUAUAGGGAGUGAUGAGUGUGGAGACUCAGAAAUUGACCAACAAAAUCUCAGCAUAUUCUCAAGACUUAUGGUGUUAUUGUUGGAAGAUCUCCCAAAUCUAAAGAGUAUUUACAAGAAGGCCUUGCCAUUUCCUUCCCUCAAAGAGAUCCAUGUGGUUGGUUGUCCAAAUCUAAGGAAAUUGCCAUUGAAUUCCAAUAGUGCUACCAACACUUUAAAAGAAAUUGAGGGGCAUCUAAGCUGGUGGGAGGAGUUGGAGUGGGAGGAUGACAACCUCAAGCGCACUUUCACUCCGUAUUUUAAAACACCAACGUGGUGA